AUGAGUGUUUACGCCGCGAGCACGCCGACAGCGAGCACCGCGAUACCGCCGGCGAUUAGCGCGACGGCGGCGGCGGCGGCGGCGACGGUGACGGCGACGACAGCGGCGACGGCACCGGUUACGACGACGGCCACGUCGUCCACGGCGACCGCCGCGUCGCCGGAAGCAGCGACCGGCUGGAUCGAGUUCUGCGAGAGACACGCCCGCGCCUCAGCCUCCGACUUCGCCAAGGCUUUCUGCGCCUACGUUAGCUUGAACCUGCCCGAGAGCACCCGCGCCAAUCUCUCGCAUCGCGACUUCCUCCGCAAGUUCGUCGAGAGCUUCUGCGAGCACUUCGAGAGCGAGUACCUGCGGCAGAGCGUGAGAUCGCUAUCGUUGCAUGACACUAGGAGCGUGAUAGCCAAUGAAAGAGACGUAAACGUUGCGAGCCAAAAUACUAAUGCACCGGUGCGUGCGUCCUCGCACGAGGAAUUCAGCGACUAUUCUGAACAUGACGGGGAGGCAGUGUCGCCGAAGCCCGCCCACAAACCUUUCUUCCGCAGAUUGUCCUUUAAGGGACUUAAAAAGGGCAAGAGUUUCUUCCACAAGCAACAGAGCGACGAGGUCGAAUUGUCCUACAGUGAACACCGCAAGGAUAAACACUCCAAGGCAAAGUUGUCGAAAAUCGUGGUGGAAUGCCGUAAGGAGGGAAUCGUUAAUUCCUUGAUGGGGGAGAACAUAGACGGGACGCAGAAAUGGGAAAAGUCACGGCUAGCUUUGAUAAAGGCCAUCGGUGGCUACAUGUUGGAGUUCUAUUCCCCGCCGAAGGCAGUGAAACCGCGGAGCGGCGUCUUUUGCUCGGCGAUAACGGAAGCGAGGGAGACCACGGCGCUGGAAAUGCCGGAUCACGAGAACACGUUCGUCCUGAAGACCCAAAAUAUGGAAUUUGUCAUCGAGGCGCACGACUCGAACGACAUGAAAUCGUGGUUGGCGACGAUUAGGUAUUGCAUGCGAACGGUGCAGCAAAGCUCCAGCGUUCCUGGCUCCGGACCGGGUGACUCUUUAGGCGAUUCCCUGGGCCACGGUUCGCUGGCUAUCGGAUCCGACAGUGAUCGAUUACGAGCCAACUCGGCGAGUAAGAGCUUCCGAUCCGCUGGUCAUGAACACGGCGACGACUCGCAGGCCAAUCCGCCGGAAUUACCUCCGAGACUCCAUAUGCGCAGCAGUAGUAAUCUAGAAUUAUGUUCCUCUCAGCAAGAAAUCGAGCAAAUGCCUGCUAAUGAAGGCGAGCUGGAUUUAUCGAGUAGCUUACGAGAAUACCCGUGGUUUCAUGGCACCCUUCCUCGCUCGGACGCUGCGCAGCUUGUGUUGCAUAGUGCAGCUAACGGUCACGGGGUGUUCCUGGUUCGGCAGAGCGAGACUAGAAAAGGCGAAUUUGUGUUAACUUUUAAUUUCCAAGGAAGAGCAAAACAUUUACGGAUGACGUUAAAUGAUCAAGGUCAUUGCCGAGUCCAACAUCUAUGCUUUCCUGCGAUAUACGAUAUGCUCGAACACUUUCGCCAGAAUGCGAUACCACUCGAAUCUGGCGGGACUGCGGAUGUUACUUUAACAGAGUAUGUAGUGGCGACGAACCACGCAUCGCGAUCGGGACACCAUAACGUGGCGAGUGGCUCGAAUGUGCAACAGUCGCAAGAGAGGAGACCUCCGGCAGCUCUGGAGCCCAGAGAAGUACGCACUUAUGGUGGUUCUAUAAGAACGCGUGUGGAAUCGUUGGAGAGACUAGAACAACAGAGCACCAUUGCGGAACAACAAGGCUCGGCUUCGUCCACUGGCAGAGCGGUUCAGAACACUUACAGCUUUCUCUGACGCUGGAUUCACGCUAACCCGCCAUCAGGCUAUAAUCCGGUCAGUCCGACGGACUGAGUGUGAACAAUAUGACGAAGUAAUCGCAGUUUUUAUCUCCAGAAUUGCGUCACGCCAUAUACCACCGUUUGCGACAAAGCGCAUCUCUUUACUAGUACAAAAAAAAAAUUGCAUUUUUCUUUUUGGAAUAUUACCAUCUUCCAAUCCAUUGACUCUUGCGUUCAGCAUUCGAGAUUAUACUUUUAUGAUUUACAUCGCAACGUGUUUGCAUCGCAUUUACAUCGAAUACUAAGAAAUAGAAUAGAUUACCAUCAAAACGAGUCUCAGUUAUCGAUGAUCAUUUCGCAUAACGUCGUGCUCAAAUUAUUCCCACACCCGUUGAUGCCGUAGCAUUCCACGGAGCUCUCUCGCGCAGGUUUGCAUGUAUCUGUGACUCGUCUUUUCACCAAGACCGAACUAAUAGCCUCCUCAUAUAUUUUUACUGAGAGAACGGAUAUAUAUUUUAAUGAAAGAUCUCGAGUCUCGUUACACCGCUUAAUUAAUACACAUAACAUUGUAAAAACAUAUGUAUAUGUAAUUGGGGAAUGAUAGUCUCCGAAAUUGCGAAUUACGGACUGCCAGUAUAUUGCAAUCCCCAUAUGUGUCUUUCGGAUCGUCCCCGAUCCGAUUGACAAAUGCGCCAAAGCUAAAGCUAAAAUACUUUAAACCCCGCUUCGUCACGAGUACAAUUUGUUAUACAAAAUUGCAUUUCAGCCGCAUUGUUGUCACUAAUCCCAAUGCUUCGUUUGGGCGAAUAAAUGUAAGAGACAUGGCCCUAUAACCAUCGAUAAGCGUAAAACAAGCUGCGAUAUUUAUAAAUUACCCCGGUCCUCGUCGGUGUAAAAAUCAGUGUAUGAAUUUCCUCCCCCCUUCCCAUGUGUCAGGCGAAUAACAAGAAGGGAGAGAAAAAAGGAUACAACUAUGCUAUCAUUCGGGAUGAACGGAAAGGACAAAGCUUUUCGAGCUACAGUAAGUAUGAUCCCAUCGUGUAUCCCUGCGGAAAAAUAGCAAAAACCAUAUUCGAUAGGCGUAUCGAAAAGUGUAUUAACAAAUUGUGUAACGACUAAGGAUUAUCACUAACAUCAUAGAGCAAUAUGACUGAGUGUGCAAAAUUAGACUAUAGACAAAUGUAUGGAUGAGUGGUACACGCAUGAUAGAGAGCGAUGAUCGACAGAGUAUCCGAUUAGAUGAAAACGAGCAAAGCAGGUAUUCUCUCAGUACGAGCCGAACUGAUUACUGUGAUAAGAUCUCUCAUUCGCACAAGGCAUCCAAUAAUCCCGUCGCCGUCCGUGCAAGUCUAUAUGUUCUCAUUCGUGAGAACAAUCGUAUAGAUACAACAGGGACAAAUUUUAUCACACAUUUGUACAUUUCACUCGCUACUCGCCAUCGAAAAGUUGUAGGAAUAGAAAACUUCCGUCGCGGUCCCAAAACAGGAAGAGAAGAAAAAACGUAGGGAAAAUUUAUAGUCGAUCUGGAAAAAAAACUGUAUCACAAGUUCAUCCUUUAGCCGAAAUGCUCGCAAAAUCCAUGCUGUAAGUAGGAUGUAAGCUCGUUCCUCGCGUAGCCGCAGCCUGAAAGGACAGUUCUGAGGUAUACAGAGAGUUUGACAACUACUAGGCAUUCAACCGUAAUACUUUUCUACCUUAUGUCAAGAUGCAAGGAUGAAAAUAAAAACUGAAUCCCCAGAGA